AUGUCCAGCCCCCGAGGCCUGCCGGAGGUGGGCCUGUGGCUGCUCUUUGUGCCCCCACGGGCCCGGCGCUGCCGUGAGGUGGUGGUGAGGACCCUGAGCGACGACAGCUGGAGCGACCUGGAGACCCGCCUGGAGGAGGAAGCACCGAAGCGGCUCUGGGCUCAUUGCCAGGUACCCCACUUCUCGUGGUUCCUUGUGGUUUCCCGCCCUGUGUCCAACGCCUGCCUGGUGCCACCAGAGGGGACAUUGCUGUGGUCCUCGGGGCAUCCGGGGGUCAAGGUCACCUUCCCCCCUGGAGCCACCGAGGAGCCUCGUCAAGUCCGAAUGCAGCUGCUGCGGGUGGAGUUCCUGCAGCUGAGUGGCCACGAAGACCCUCGGCUGCUGGGGGCCGCCCUGGCUCAGGUGCCGAGGAGCCUGCCGCACCUCCGCUCUCUGGUCCUCAAAGGUGGGCAGCACUGGGAUGCGCGGGGCGCCUGCCUGCGGGGCUCUCUGACCACGCUGCCCGCCAGCCUGAGUGGCCUGACCCGCUUGGCGCACCUGGACCUGAGCUUCAACAGCCUGGAGACACUGCCCGCCUGCAUCCCGCACAUGCGCCACCUGGGCGCCCUCCUGCUCUCUCACAACCACCUCGCAGAGCUGCCUGAGGCUCUGGGGGCGCUCUCGGCCCUCACCUUCCUGUCCGUGACCCACAACCACCUGCAGGCGCUGCCCGCGGCGCUGGGAGCCCUGUCCGCCCUCCAGCGCCUGGACCUCUCUGAGAACCUCCUGGACACUCUGCCCCCUGAGGUCGGAGGCCUGAGCAGCCUCCAGGAGCUCAAUCUGGCCUCCAACCGGCUGCAGAGCCUCCCGGCCUCCCUGGCAGGGCUGCCUUCCUUGCAGCUCCUGGUCCUGCACAGCAACCUCCUGGUCUCGGUGCCCGCCGGCCUGGCCCGCCUCCCGCUGCUCGUCCGGCUGGACCUGAGGGACAACCAGCUCCGGGAAGUGCCCCCCGAGCUGCUAGACGCCCCCUUUGUGCGCCUGCAGGGGAACCCCUUGGGCGAGGCCCUGCCAGGCUCCCCCAGUCCCCCAGGGACACCUGUGGUCCCGGGAAUGCCCAGGCUGUUCCUGACUUCAGAGCUGGACAGCUUCCUCGUGACCCCCCAAGGCUGCUCUGUGACCCUGGCCUGCGGUGUUCGCCUGCAGUUCCCCGCCGGGGCCACUGCUACCUCGGUCACCAUCCGCUACCGCCUGUGGCUGCCGGAGCCCCGCCUCGUGCCCCUGGGUCCCCAUGACUCCCUGCUCAGCGGGGUCCUGGAGCUGCAGCCCCACGGCUGGCCACGGGCCCGGCGCUGCCGUGAGGUGGUGGUGAGGACCCUGAGCGACGACAGCUGGAGCGACCUGGAGACCCGCCUGGAGGAGGAAGCACCGAAGCGGCUCUGGGCUCACUGCCAGGUACCCCACUUCUCGUGGUUCCUUGUGGUUUCCCGCCCUGUGUCCAACGCCUGCCUGGUGCCACCAGAGGGGACAUUGCUGUGGUCCUCGGGGCAUCCGGGGGUCAAGGUCACCUUCCCCCCUGGAGCCACCGAGGAGCCUCGUCAAGUCCGAAUGCAGGUACAGACAGGGCAGCCNNNGGCGGCGGUGAGCCCCCUGCUGUGCCUCUCCCAGAGCGGCCCCUCCAGCUUCCUCCGGCCAGUCACAGUGCAGCUGCCUCUGCCCCCGGGGGUCACAGGCCUGAGCCUGGACCGCUCCCGCCUGCACCUGCUCUACCGGGCACCCCCUGCAGCCACCUGGGAUGACAUCACGGCUCAGGUGGCACUGGAGCUCACGCACCUGUACGCGCGCUUCCAGGUCACCCACUUCUCCUGGUCAGUGCCCCUCCGGCGUCCGCAGCCCCCCCAGGUGGAUGCCACCCUGCGGCGGCUGCUGGAGCGGUACCGCGGCCCGGAGCCCUCGGACACGGUGGAGAUGUUCGAAGGCGAGAAAUUCUUUGCUGCCUUUGAGAGAGGCAUCGACGUGGAUGCAGGUAGGCCCUGCCCCUGCAGGUGGGCCCGGACCGAGGGCCCGGGCCCGGGGCAGGGAGCCGGCCUCUCCCUGGCACCUCUGAACCUGGGCGAUGCUGAGACCGGCUUCCUGACCCAGAGCAACCUGCUGAAUCUGGCCGGGCGCCUGGGCCCUGACUGGCCGGCCGUGGCCCUGCACCUGGGCCUGUCCUACCGGGAGCUGCAGCGCAUCCAGCCCCCUCUCCCCAGGGACGACCUGGACGCCCAGAUCCGUCACAUGCUCUUCUCCUGGGCUGAGCGCCAGGCUGGACAGCCAGGGGCAGUGGGGCGCCUGGUGCAGGCCCUGGAGCAGAGUGACCGGCGGGAUGUGGCGGAGGAGGUGCGGGCUAUCUUGGAGCUCGGCCGCCACAAGUAUCAGGAUGGCAUCCGCCGCACCAGCCUGGCCCCCAGGGACCUUGCCCUUCCGGACGACCUGGACGCCCAGAUCCGUCACAUGCUCUUCUCCUGGGCUGAGCGCGCCAGGCUGCAGCCAGGGGCAGUGGGGCGCCUGGUGCAGGCCCUGGAGCAGAGUGACCGGCGGGAUGUGGCGGAGGAGGUGCGGGCUAUCUUGGAGCUCGGCCGCCACAAGUAUCAGGAUGGCAUCCGCCGCACCAGCCUGGCCCCCAGGGACCUUCGGGGGGCGGGGGUAAUCCGCUACCCAGAAGCCUCCGGGAGCUACACUCCUUGCUCCCUGGCGGCGCCUGCGAGUGACGUCACAAGGCGCUCGGCCAAUGAGGACGCUGGAGAAGCCAUCGUCCCGUCGGGUCCCGCAGCCGCCCCAGCCAAGGCGAAGACCGAAGGGGGUUGA